AUGAAGACCGUGCCUAUACUAUGUGUUAUUUUUGCCUCAUUUAUUUGCGUUAGUUACUGCAAGGACCUAAUUAUUGGAACCAGUUUUAACAACAGAUUAAUAUGGCAAGAAAAGGCUGAAUACAAUGCCAUCCCUCUUAAAAAGAGGGUCAAGGAGGUUUUCUUCUCUGAUCCUGGCCAGCAAAUUAUAAAGGGUAUCAUAGCAAGAGAUUUGGACCACACUGAAGCUAUAGCUUCAGUCACUGCCGGAGGAGUCGGCUUUUCCUAUGCCAAUAUUAGACUAAAGAGCGACAGGGGAUCUGGUCUUAACUACCAAAUCGAAAUGUAUGUU